AUGUACCACCAGCUCGACACUCCACCGCCGCCGUCGCAGCUCUACCAACCCGCACCCACCAGGCACCGACCAAGACCGUGGUCCCCAGAACCCUACGACUCCUAUGACUACCUACCCUCGACAUUAGGGAGCAGCAACGACAGCCGAGAGACUUUUAAUCGUCUUCAGAGGAGCCGAAUUCACCAAGGGGCAGGUGACGACGACCACGAUCGAUCGUCUCGUGGACGCGGACCCCAGCGCCAGGACACCUUUAUGGACGACUACCCUCCUUUACCUGAAGAACAGUUUCCUAGACUCACCUUACGACCUUCGAGGCGCAGACAAGAAGCAUCUGAAGUUUCAGUGGAAGCUCUGGACCUCGCAGACUAUGCACGGACGCUAAGAUCGAGGCAAGCCGCAGAAGAUCCGUACCCGCCAUUUCGACCUGCAGAAUCAUCGUCUGCGGCGUCUACGUCUAGCCCUCGACAAGGACAACGCUCGCCACCCGUAUACCCUCCCUCUUCCUUCCCGAAUUUCAUCCGUGGAGGAACGAGAUCUUCGGCCAAUACAUCAACUACAGCUACCCACCAUACACCCCAGAGUACACACUCCCUACCAGUUGGAAGCAGAAGACGACCAUUCUCCCUUCCCAGCUCACCCUAUAACCAUAGUGCACCCAAUCUAGUCCCAGAUCCAGAACAAGAAGUAGAUGUCACCCAAUUCCCUUCCUGGACCCGCGAAUGGUACAACGACUCUACCAACCGCAAUGGGAACACCCAUCUCGACCAACUCGAGGAAUACGAGAUGAAAGCUGGAUUUGCACCUCCCAGAGCGUUCGUCGGUGGAAGUAGCAGCCGCAACUCCCGUGCCAGCCUCCAAGGCAAACCCGAGCUAUCGCCUUUCGAUCCUGCGUACAUCCAUCCAGAGUCGUAUCCUAAAGGACGGGUGGACCCCUUCGACGAUAACCUGAGCUAUCCCUCAUACUCAGCUCCGUCGUAUAGUAACCACGAUCCUUUAUUGGGGUAUAACGACUCGGGGCGGGAUGGCGUCGUUCCCUGGAGCCUUGACCCGCCAGAAUACAAGAACCUCCCAGUCGACCCGCAAGUCAAGGAAGAGCGUAUCCGUAUGCUUGAGCGGGAGUUUGGUUCCGACAAAAAGGGCAAGAAGAAGGCACACGGACAUGCAGGUAGCAAACAUCUCGAGAAAGACGACGAGCUGAUGAGAGACGACAAUGGAAAACUCGUAAUCGGAACGCCGGAUGGAAAAGGCGGAUUGGUCACGCAGGGUCCAAAGACGCGUGCGGCUGCGCUCAAACCUGAACCGGCACCUCCACCCGCUGGUAAACCACCUUUCUACAUCCUCGCCGUCCUCGCACCAAUCACCCUCCUCCUUCUCGCCUACCUCUUCCUCAUCCGCCCGUGUACAACUCGGCGGAAAUACCCUUCACAUCCCCAUCCUGGUGCGCAAGGCAUGAUGGUCCUGCCCGUCCAAGGAGGUGGAGGCGGGAAAGGCAAGAAGUGGAAAGGAGGUCCCAAACCUCCCUUCCCUGGUGGCAAGAAAGGCAAGAAAGGCCCAUUCGGCGGUCCACCAGGUGACGUCCAAGUUAACCUCAUAGUCGACCCAAACGCCUUCUCCAACCCCUCCGACGACAUUUCCUCUUCAUCCUCCUCUGACGAGUACGACGAAGGCGGGUUCCCCGCUGGGUUCUUCGACCGACAUAAUCCCAAAUCCUCUUUUGAGUACCAGCAGCAGAAGAGGAAAGAAAAGGACAAAGCGAGGAGGAAGAGGAAUCGGAGGAGGACGCUGAUGGCGUCGUUGAAGCUGGAGGAGGAGUGGAAGAGCGCGAGGAGGUGGGUGAGGAUUGUGAGUUUUGUGGAUACCUUUGCGUGUGUGGUGUGGGCUGUGGCAUUUGGGUUUGUCCUUGCUGGGAAGAGGUGCCCGACGGGUGGGGAGGAGAAGGGGUAUGAACUUCGUCGUUGA